CACCUGCUGGACACAGCUUAGAAAUGUCACCGGUGUUCUGCUGCCACCUGCUGGACACAGCCAAGAAAUGUCACCGGUGUUCUGCUGCCACCUGCUGGACACAGCCAAAAAAUGUCACCGGUGUCCUGCUGCCACCUGCUGGACACAGCCAAAAAAUGUCACCGGUGUUCUGCUGCCACCUGCUGGACGCAGCCCAGAAAUGUCACUGGUGUUCUGCUGCCACCUGCUGGACACAGUCAAGAAAUGUCACCAGUGUCCUGCUGCCACCUGCUGGACACAGCCAAGAAAUGUCACCAGUGUCCUGCUGCCACCUGCUGGACACAGCCCAGAAAUGUCACCGGUGUUCUGCUGCCAUCUGCUGGACACAGCCAAGAAAUGUCACCGGUGUUCUGCUGCCACCUGCUGGACGCAGCCCAGAAAUGUCACCGGUGUUCUGCUGCCACCUGCUGGACACAGCCAAGAAAUGUCACCGGUAUUCUGCUGCCACAGGCAAGAAAUGUCACCGGUGUUCUGCUGCCACAGGCAAGAAAUGUCACCGGUGUUCUGCUGCCACCUGCUGGACGCAGCCCAGAAAUGUCACCGGUGUUCUGCUGCCACCUGCUGGACACAGCCAAGAAAUGUCACCGGUGUUCUGCUGCCACCUGCUGGACACAGCCCAGAAAUGUCACCGGUGUCCUGCUGCCACCUGCUGGACACAGCCAAGAAAUGUCACCGGUGUUCUGCUGCCACCUGCGGGAAACAGCCCAGAAUUGUCACUGCGGUCAGCGCUGGUCGCUGGUCUAAAAAAAUAGAAAGUCCUGACCCCAGGCGGUCUGUCCGUGGCCACGUGGUCACAUUAGACCUUAUUUAUUGAUUUUUCCAUUCUUGUAUGAGACACAAAGAGGAGGAUUUACUGAAGGCAAAUAGACUGCUGACUACACAGAAAGUUCCCCUUCGCUUAGUGAAUGGGUUAGGGAAGCUCUGCUGACUGUCAUCCAAUUACAUGCAAGCAAAACUAUUUUUUUUAUCCCCCCCCCCCCCCCCUGAACCUGAUUGGGUAUUCUUUGCUACCCGGGGGAGAUUCCCCUACAAAGUCAGCGGCCUGUUUGCCUUAAAUCUGUCCCCAAGGUGUCCUCCCUCGGGGGAGGGGCACAGGAAUACAAAAUGUUUGGUUUACGUUUUGGAAAUAUUUAAUCUUCCUAUGGAAGGUUUUCUGUAUAAUAAUUUGAAUAAUAAAAAAUAAAAAAUUCA